UCUGCCCUGACUCCCGCACAGUUCUUCUUACAGGCGCAUUUGGUUCGAGAUACCCACUGUUUUGCAGCUGUCGCUUUCCGGCCAAUUACUGCAAUAUCGCAUAUACCCCAACACUUGGCGACUUUCACGACUCCAAAAGGAGCACGCGCACAACGCGCCACCCCUCCAUUUAGCGACUGUGACGAGUGCCGCGGGGGGAGACAUGGAAAACAACCAAUCCGCCGCGCGCGCUGCGAAACGCUUCCUCGACGACCGCACGCGCAACGACUGGGCGUAUCCUGGUCUACCACCUCCUUGGGAGCACAGCGACGAGGAAGUCCGCAACGCGGUUGAUUUCCGCGAACGAUACUAUGGUGAGAGUGAAAGCAGCGACUCCGACAUUGAGCCCACCACCGGCGCAAGCAAGGACGCAGAGCACGAUGCCUACAAAUUCGAUAGCCCAGAUGCCAUCGGCGACGCAGUUGAGCGCACGCGAGAGCAGAGGCGCAAGCGCAGGAGAAUGAGACUAGAGCAAGAAAUGGCCGAGAACGAAGGCCUCCGGAUCUGGGUAGAGAGAAGAGAUGCAUGGACCGGCGCAGCCAGCGUGUGCAAGUACGGUCCUCACUCGACUCCAAAAUCACACCCUCCUUCCCCGAUAUCUCAGCACGACUCCGGCAACGGCGCAGAAGACACCAUGCAACUGGACCCCACGCAACUCGACCCCACGCAACUCGACCCUGCGCAACUCGACCCUGCGCAACUCGACCCUGCGCAACUUGACCCCACAUCACAACCCCCGUCCACUUCAGAAGACACGCCAGCUACAUUCGACCUCUGCCCCGUAGCCCCGCGCCUCCUCUCCGACAACCCCAUCCGCGCCAGCAUAAACCCCAAAACGUACGCUGACAUCUACGCCAAAAUCGUGACAUCCUCGCGCACACCCUCCGUGCCCAUCAAUCUGUCCGAUAUGACGAGAGCGCUGGUGCAGGGGUGGAAGGAUACGAACGAGUGGCCGCCGAAGAUUGGCGCUGUAGAUCCGCUGGUGGGGAAGAAGAGGAGUAGCCAUGGUGUGCUUGGGGGUGGGAGGGAUGGGCUGGGGCGAGGGGAGGGAGGGGGGUUUAUUCAUAGACAUCCACAUUUGGAGAAGGGGGUUGGGAGCGUGAAGAAGAUUUUGCAUAUGAAUGGACAUCAUGGGGAGGGGGCGAAGGAGGGGUGA